AUAUAUGACAUAUGUUAUUACUAAAAGAAUGCAACAAUAUCUCUAUUUUUCUUCCUUUUAUUCAAACAUAUAACCACGAAGCAUAUAUGUAAGAAGAACGAAUGCGAUACGCGUUCUCAUCGAAUUUGUGUCGUUGAACAUCAGGAAACGUCGGGUACGAUAAUUCUCCACAAGGGCGGCGAUGAUGUUCGGAAGUUUAGAUGUGUGUAUGUGUGUUUUGUUAUUUGUUUUGUGUGUGUGUGUGUGUGUGGUACAACUAUAUAUAUUUGAAAAAUCUGACCCAUCGAAUCGACGCGCUCUCUAGUGCAAUAGAAAUCAUCUUUUCAUAUUGCAUAUACGUAGACACAUUUAUAACACUGCGUUCGUUCUCCUUGUAUAUAGUUUCAUGCAUAUAACCACAUGCAUUAUUCAUGAAUUAUAACCUUACUUAUUAAUAAUAUUAUAUUAAUAGCUUUUAAUGCGUGAGAUAAAAAGUGUGAAAGUUUGGAUGUAAGAGGGAAUGAGAUAGAGAUUGAAUAAUGUAAACAGUAAAAUAGUAAUAGAGUGUUUUACGGCGAGACAAAGACCGAAGAAGACAGUUAUCCUCUAGUAGUCAAGCAGCGAUGAUAUGAUGCCAGCCUGUAAGUUUUAUCGCCAAGGCAAUUGUCGUAAUGGACAAUAUUGUCAAUAUGAACAUUAUAGUAGCUUUGUAAAUGUUAACAAUAUCAAUGAUGAGAAUAAGACAGCGGUUGUUAUUGCACGCGAAGUACUUUGUGCAGAGAUGGGUGGCCAAUGGUUAUUAUCAUGUUUUGCACCAUUCAGAGAUCGACCUACUAUACCUGGCAUGGAGGAUGUGUCACCUGAAGAAGUUAGAUGGGAAAUGUAUCAAGCACAAAAAAAUGGUGUCGUUGAACAGGCAAAACUUCGCUUUCAACAACUAUGUCAGGAUAUGCAAACAAAACGUGAAGCUUUAAAAUAUCCUACGCAAGAAACUUUAGAAAUGUUGAAAAAACUUUUAGGUAAUAGAUUUAACAAUGGAACAUCAGAUAUGUCAAACUUCUCUUUUGCAAAUUCACAAAUGUUAAUUAAUAUUAGUACAACUACUAAUGUGUUUGGUACUGAAACAUUUGUUAAUCAAAAUAAUACAUUUGGUCAAGGUUUUGGUUCAGUGAAUAAUAAUCCAUCUCCAUUUACAAGAACGAACAAUUCAGUAUCUUUGUUUGGUGCUAGUUCAACUUUUGGUAACAACGCAUUGACAUUUCCUAAUGUAACUAAUUCAAAUUCAGUAUUUGGUGGUACUACGAAUACUCCUGUAUUUGGUAAUGGACAAAAUAAUCAAGCAUUUGGUACAGUUGCGAACAAUUCUAUUUUUGGUGCUGCAACAUCGCAAGCAAUAUUUGGCCAACCUAGCAAUUUUGGUACUACCACUCAAACCACUAAUGUUUUUGCCAGACCAAGUACAUCACAGCAGACAACAACUUCAGUAUUUGAUAGUGGAACAGUAGUACCUUCCAAUUCUUUAUUUUAUACGCCUCAAUCAAAUACAUCCUUGUUUGGUGAAAAUAAACCAUCUACCAAUGGUCCAUUUGGAGAAUCUUCUGCUAUACAAACAUCAAAUUCUAUCUUUGGAGGAUCAACUACAUCAUCAGGAAAUAUGUCUACUAAUUCAACAAGUAUUUUUGGACAGUCAAAGACUACUACAGUAUUUGGAGGUACACCAGCAUUUGGAGCAAAUGCUGGAUCAUUUACAAACAAUUCUAGUCCAUCUAUUUUUGGAGGUCAAACAUUUAACAAAGAUACACAAGUGCCUAGUGAUAACAUUUUCGGUAGAUUUAUUGCCUCAUCGAACUUUGUUCCUGCGAGUCAAGGAACUAAUGUUUUUAAUGUUACAAAAACUACAAGUAAUGUAGGCAAUUUUGGAGUUCCUCAGAAUGCUUUAGCUGUUAUGCCAGCAACAAAUACAGCUUCAUUUGCCUCGGCAGCAACAACGACCAGUGUUGCGCCUUUCGGUACAGUAAACUCGCAAACUGAUACUAAAAGUACAACAUAUGCCAUUGCAAGGCCAACAUUUGGUAUAACAAAUGCAACCAAUCCAUUAAGCAACACAGUUACUUCAUCUACCAUGCCAUUUGGAGUUACAACAGGAACAAGCUUUAAUGGUAAUACAAAUAUAACAUCAUCACCUUUUAUUGUACCUACGUUUGGAGGUUUUACUUCUUCUUUUAUGCAAACGAGUACAACAGCCACAACUACUACAACCAAUCCAUUUAUUUCACAACAAACUAAUUCACCAUUUAAUGGCGCAGCUCACAAUCAAAUUGGAACAGUAAAUGAAUCGCUUGUUGCAAAUCAAUCUAAUGAAAAAUCACUGUUCUCAUUUGCACAAAAAACUACUCCUACUGAUGAUAUUACUUAUUCUGAAGAAUUACAGUUAACUGAUGAGGAAAAGAUUAUGUAUUUAGCAAACGAAUUUAUAGUUGGUAAAAUACCACUAAAACCUCCAAGUAAUAAUAUGAUAUAACGCUGUUGUAUCUAUAUAUAUUUAUAAAUAUGUAAACAUAUGUAUAUGAAAAGUUAAAUUCAUUACAUUUUUAUAAAAUAAUAUAAUUGUACUAAUACUUAAAGAUAUUAAUUAUACACAAUUCAUUUUCGUUAGAAUAAUAAUAGCCAAUUAUUGUAUAUAAAUCGUUGAAUAAGAUUUGUAAUAUGGUUACUUUUAGAAAAACUCAAAUAACAAAUGUUAUUUCAGCAAAUAUAUAAGCAGAGAGAAACAAAUAAAAAUUUCUUCUUCC